AUGGGGGAGCAACCCAGAGCCAAGAUUGGCAUCAUCUCAAUGGGCGACAUGGGCAGCGCUCUCGCCAGCAUUCUCAUCGCAAAUGGCUACGCCGUCGCAACCAACUGCACCGGGAGAAGCCAAGACACCAUCGACCGCGCCACCAACGUCGGCGCCGAGCUUCUGCCAACAGAUGAAGCCCUCAUCACCCAAUGCGACGUAGUCCUCUCCGUCGUCCCGCCGGCCCAAGCCGCCGCCACAGCUGAACGCAUCAUCGCCGCUUUCAAGAAUGUCCAUGUCUCUUCUCCGACGAGGUCCAGGUCCACGCCGCUCUACUUCGCCGACAUGAACGCCAUCGCCCCAUCCACCGUGCGGUCCAUCGCCGCGCAGUUCACGGCCGCCGGCCUCGAUCCGGACCGGGACGUCCGCUUUGUAGAUGGCUGUAUUCUUGGUGGUCCUCCUUCGAGGAAACAGCAGCAGCAGUCUGUGACGGGCGGUAGCGGAAGUACGAACUUGGGUCCUUCGGCUACUGGUCCAGCUGCUUUGAUUACUUCUUCUUCUUCUUCUUCUUCCUCCCCCGCAUCAACCUCAUCAACCAAGCCAACGACGGCUUCCUUCCCGCAAGAAGAUAUCCUCCACGACCCUACAACCGGCUGGUCCUGCCCUCUCCUCCCUACUUCAGGCCCAUGGUCAUUCACAGACACUUCCACGUUUCCUUACCCCUAUGGCCAACAUUUCGCUGAAGUGUUGCAUAUCGAACAUAUCCUUCCCAACCCCGAUCCCGCCGACGCGGAUUCCUCUUCCUUAACUGCCACCGCUGCUGAGCAGAAACAGACAUCAGAGAUAGGCCAAGCCUCCGCCCUUAAAAACGUCUACGCCGCUCUCGCCAAAGGAUUCGCCGCGCUCUCCCUCCUUUCCUUAUCCACUGCUUCUUCGCUCAGGAUCCUCCCCUCGUUUCUUUCUUCCCUAGAGAGACUGGCGCCCUCAAGGUUACAGACCAUGACGCGGUACGUCACGACGUUACCGCCCAAAGCGUACCGGUGGGUGCGGGAGAUGGAGGAGAUCAGCAAGACGUUCACGGACGAGGAGGAGGUGGGGUGGGAUAAGGAAGGAGAGGACGUGUUUGAUGGUGGCGGGGGUGUUUAA